ACUAUAGGCAGAGGUGGUUGAAAAAAGGCUUCUGCAUGUGCCUGCCUGCCUGCUUUCCUACCCCUUUCUUUCAUGAUCUCUCUCUGUUUGUUCCUUAGGGAAAGCACCUGGGGAGUACCUUCUGACCACUACGAAGAUGAGCUCAAGCUAUUGGAGUGAGACGAACAGCAGCAGCUGUGGGACUCAGCAGGCCCCAGAAGUGCUGCAGUGCCAGCCCCAGCAUUACCACUGCUACCAUCAGUCAAGCCAAGCCCAGCAGCCUCCAGAAAAAAAUGUAGUGUAUGAACGAGUGAGGACCUACAGUGGGCCCGUGAACAAGGUGGUUCAGGCCUUGGACCCCAUCAGCUCACAGGAAGUAUGCUACCCUCUCAAAACUGCCUCCUCCCACCAAAGUUUGGUUUGGAGUGACCGUUCCCAGGAACUCCAUUCUCCAACUCUGAAAAUAUCUACUUGUGCCCCAAGCACUCUACAUAUAACCCCAAAUACUGAACAGGAACUCCAUUCUCCAUCAGUGAAAGUCACUACAUAUCCACAGACCACUAUUAGGCGAUAUAUAGUGCAAAAUCCUGAACAGGAAUCACUGCCGUCAUUCCUAAGAGAAGGCCAUUUCUUUCCAGGAAAUAAUGUUAUUUAUGAAAAAACCAUAAGAAAAGUGGAGAAGCUAAAUACAGAUCAGGAAUGCUAUCCUCAGGUUCAGUGCCAUCAUCACAUUGUCCAACAGCCCCAGAUCAUCCACUCUUCACACUGUCAACAAUCCUAUCCUAGCCAGCAAAUCCAAACCAUCACAGGAAGUGAUUCAAUCUCUACAAACACUGGAAUUGAACUGUGUCAUGGUGGCUCAAACCAUACACAUGAGCAGGUGAUAAUUCAAGAUGACAGCCCUGAAAAGUUGGACCCCAAAUAUUUUGGAGAGUUGCUUGCUGAUCUAAGCCGUAAAAAUACAGAUCUACAUCACUGCUUAUUAGAACAUUUGCGGAGAAUUGGAGGAAGCAAACAGGACUUUGAGUCUACAGAUGAGUCAGAAGACAUUGAAUCGUUGAUUCCUAAAGGAUUGUCAGAAUUUACAAAACAGCAAAUUCGCUAUAUUCUGCAGAUGAGGAGUAUGUCUGAUAAAUCACUCCGGCUAGUGCUGUCCACAUUCAGCAACAUACGGGAGGAGCUUGGACAUCUUCAGAAUGACUUGACAUCACUGGAAAAUGACAAGAUAAGACUUGAGAAAGACUUGGCAUUCAAAGAAACUCAAAUAAAAGAAUAUGAAGAACUCCUAGCAUCAGUAAGAGCAAAUAAUCGCCAGCAGCAGCAAGGACUUCAAGACUCAACCUCAAAGUGCCAAGCAUUGGAAGAAAACAAUCUCUCUCUUCGGCAUACACUAUCAGACAUAGAAUAUAGACUAAAAGAACUGGAAUACUGCAAGCAUAAUUUAGAGCAAGAGAAUAAAAAUCUAAGAAUGCAGGUUUCUGAGACUUUCACAGGCCCGAUGUUGCAGGCUAAAAUGGAUGAGAUUGGCAACCAUUACAUGGAGAUGUUAAAAAACUUAAGGAUGGAGAAAGAGAGAGAGAUCUGCAAACUAAGGACUCAAUUAAAUCAGUACCAAAAAGAUGUUUCAAGAAGAGAAGGAAGUUGCAGUGACUUCCAAUUCAAGAUUCAUGAACUGACAACCUUGCUGGAACAGAAGAAUUCCCUUAUAAAACGUCAAUCAGAGGAACUCUUGAAGUUGAGACAAGAAAUAUAUUCAUCUCAUAACCAACCCUCCAGUGGUGGAAGGACAACUAUUACCACUAGAAAGUACAGGACACAAUAUCCAAUCCUAGGCCUCCUGUAUGAUGACUAUGAAUAUAUACCACCAGGUAGUGACACACAGACUAUUGUGAUUGAGAAAACAGAAGACAAAUGGACUUGUCCAUGAAUGAAUCUCCAACUCAAAGGAAUUUUCUGUGUGUCUUCAUCAGUACUUUGUUAUUUUUCCAUAACUAAAGCCAAUCAAUGUUUUGAACCAUGCUACUACCCAGCAAGCCUAAUGGAAUUAAUUAGAUACACAGAUGACAGUUUCUCCAGCCAUUUAUAAGGCCUGAAUCCUUUCUAUCACAUUUUCGUAUUCAAUAUAACAACACAAUACUUUUUAAAACUCAGUUACAGACACUGUAGAACUUAACCCACUAUUUUUCAAUAGGGUGCUUCCUGGACACUGAAUUAAUUUGUUGGGGUAGAUAUUUUACAAGUUAUUCCAUUAGAAGACUUCCUAUGAUAUUAGAUGUGCAAUUUAGCUACAAGAGUAAAUACUGUUUUUUUAACAACAGCAACAAAAAGCAAUACUAUUGAAUUAAAAAAAAACAGUUUAGUGCAUGGUGUAUAUACAGCAUGUAUUUGCUUUUCUCACAUUAAAUCUUGUGAUUAAAAGAGAUGAUUUAUUACAUGCUAUUUAUACCUCUUUGAGAUAAAACUAAAUCAAAGGUGAUGGUUAAUUUCAUUUAGCAGGGAAGUGGGAUAAUAUUUUUUAAAAUACCUAAAUCCACUAAAUUGUACAUUAUGCUAUUAUGGUUCUAAGUUACAUAUCAGUAGCUUGGCAAAUCUGUUCUUUUGAAGCAUAUCAUCCCCAAAUGAGCCCACCCAAUUCCUUAAAAACAUGUAACACUAUAUUGUAGUAGCAGGUGGAAGGAAGGUGGGUUUUUUUUAAUAGCAGUAGACAAAACAACAUUGAAAUACUGCAUAAAAGCUUAGGGAAAAAAAAUAGCAAAAACAAAUACUAGAAUGAAAUUUUAAAAUUUCAAGCCCUUUGGUUAAAGUUAAGAAUUAGCAAACAUUAAAAUGUUUGCAUUUGACAAAGUAUAGAUUAAGGUAACAAAUAAAUUUGGGUUUACGUGUGAAUGAGAUUUUGCACUGAAAUGUCUCUGCAAAUAUCUAUACAGAAUCCUGUCAUUCUUUAUAAUUAUAUUCCGAUAAUUAUCUAUUAUACUAAGAAACUGUUAAGAUAGAAACAUAUGAGGCACUACAUUAAAUCAAACCACAAAUGAAGAGAAAAAUGCUUUUAGUACGUAUAUAAAUAUUCAAAUGUCUUGAUAUGUAGCUAAAAGCCUUAUUUUAUUUUCUUAAUACUUCAACUAAAAUGUUAAGCUCAGGACAUCCCUGGUGUUCCAGUGGUUAAGACUCCACCCUUUCACUGCAAGGAGUGAGGGUUUGAUCCCUGGUGAGGAACUAAGAUCCUGCAUGCCGCAAAAAAAAAAAAAAAAAAAAAAAAAAAUUUUUAAAAAUUAAAUGUUAAGCUCUAUAAGGUGGAUUGAUACAAUUACAAUCUUAGUAGUUAUUUUGUGAUAGAAAAUGUUAAUAUUCUCCAUGAGCUAUGUAGUCCUUACAUUUUUUCCCUUGGUGUAGGAACAACAGGGUAGUUUCUCCUCUCCUAACUAUUCAUAUAUGUAACUGUAACAAAAUUAUGCCAUGUUAUGUACCCAUUACAUAUAAGUGGAAGUUUUUAGUAGCCUGAUAGAAAAGUGCCACCAUAACUGUUUGACAAUCAGAAUAAGUGUGAUUUUCCUAAAAUACUCUUAAAUAAAAAUAACAGUGUCCAAAAUUUGGGAUAGUUAAGAAGUCAGCACUUCACUGGUUCACUUGAUCCACGCAUAGUAAGAGAAUGGGGGUCAUAACAAGGUCCUUAUUAUACUUAACAAAGUUAAGUGUAUGUAUUUCUUUUCCAAUUUUUGAUUAAGUUCAAUAGAAACAGUAGUGAUUUUUUUCCGCUCACAAGUUUCACACAGCUUAUCUCUGAAAAUUGCAAAGACGUUGUCAGGUGACGAAUGCCUGUUUAUCUAAUUUCUCUUCCCGGUAUAUUUUGCUUUAGAUGUCGAAUAAAAUGGAGACUGUGCAAUGA